CAGGUUUUAGCAUUCCCCUCCAGGGCUCCAACUCCAAGACAGGGAGAGAGAUAGAGAGAGACGAGGCCGCGGCGCGCGUCAGGCAUCCCUUCGAGACUGGGCAGAAGCCGCGCCCUCCUCCUGCGGCAUAGCAGAUCUACGGCGCCUCCCUGUUCUGCAGCCCGACUCAAGAGAACACCUCCAGUUUCAGUCCAGUGCUCUUUGUGCCUGUUGAAUCUUCAGAUUACUGCCCUAGCACACGGAAUUGCUCGAUGGAGGAUCUCCCGGAGGCACUGUUUGCAGAGGUCAUCAAGAGGAUCACCCGGACAAGUGAUCUGAAUUCUCUUUCCCUUGUGUCAAAGCAGCUCUACAAAACUGAGGCAGAUCAAAGGAGCGCUAUCCGUGUUGGCUGUGGCCUUUGCCCUGCUACAGAAGCCUUGGUAUCUUUGUGCACCCGAUUCCGUAAUUUGCAUAAAGUGGAAAUCGACUACUCUGGUUCGGUGGCAAACCAUGGGAAUCAGUUGGACAACAAAGGCCUCUUUGUGUUUUCAUCUCACUGCCUCUUGUUGACUAGUCUCACUUUAAGCUUCUGCUCACACAUCGAUGACUCCGGUCUUGGUUAUCUAGCCAAUUUCAAGAAGUUAGCAUCCCUCAGGUUGGAGUCCGCACCAAAUAUAACUUCAAGAGGGCUUCUCGCUGUGGCUGUUGGUUGCAAGAGUCUAUCUGCUCUCCACCUUAUUGACUGCCAGAGUAUAUGCAGCAAAGAUUGGCUGGAGUACCUUGGCUAUGAUGGAUCAUUGGAAGAACUUAUAGUAAAGAAUUGCGACGGAAUCAGCCAGGAUGACUUCCUGAAGUUUGGUCCAGGAUGGAUGAAGCUCCAGAAGUUUGUGUUUGAAAUCAACGAAAGAUUCUUUGUUAAUUCUUAUCUGGGUUAUGAGGGCUAUGAUCCCUCAUACAACGCUCAUAGCCUAAAUUUGUAUGAUAUCUGCUGUGAGAGUUUGAAGGAUUUGAGUUUGGCGUGUAUGGAAAUUGCAACUGGAAAAGGAUUUCGUUUUCUCCUGGGGAGGUGCAAAGCACUGGAGAAGCUGUGCUUGGAGUAUGUCCGGGGCCUAAACGACAAUGAUGUGAUUGCUUUAUCCCAGAGCUGCAACAACCUUAAAAGCAUCUCACUUUGGCUGGAUCCUCAGUUCUAUGCUGGUUCUUAUCGGACAGCAUUUACUGAUAAGAGCCUUAAGGCUCUAGCUCUCAGCUGUCCUAUGCUUGAGACUGUUGAGCUCACAUUUGCAGGUUGUGCUCCCGAAUAUCCAUCAGAAAUAGGCUUCACACAGAAGGGCCUUGUGGUUCUCAUUCAGUCCUGUCCGAUUCGUGUUCUUGUGCUAAAUGGCGCCAACUUCUUUGAUGCUGAGGGGAUGGAGGCUGUCUCAUGUGCGCCAUACCUGGAGACACUCGAGCUUGUGGAUUGCGAGGAAGUAACCGAUGCUGGGAUGUGUUUCAUCGCACGUACUCCAUGCUUGAUUAAUCUUACAAUCAGGUUAUGCGGAGAUGUGACUGAUGUUGGAGUGGCCGAGCUAGUACAAGCACAGAAGUUAGAGUCUCUGAUCAUUGAAGGCUGCCCUAGGGUCUCUCUGCAAGCUGUGAAGGGGAUUGCCAAAUCAGUUCAAUACUCUGUCAAGUGUGCAAGCUCUGGCCAUCUAAACAGAAAGUUCCACAAAAACUCUUCUGUUCUAGACCUUCUCUGAAGUUAGCAAGUUGUUGCACACUGGACAGAGUAUGAGAGUAUCGGUACGUGGUGGAUCUUGGACACCAUUUGAUGAAUGUAUAACUUAACAUCUCGCACCAUCGUUGUACUUUUCUUGCUCUAUAAGCUUAUUUUUCCUCAGGCUGCUA